AUAGGAAGUAGUGAAAGUAGCUGUUACCGUGGCACCUCUAGCAGCCCGCCGCAGAGACGGGAGAGUUGUUGUUAUGUGAAAUCCCUGCCAAUAGAAGGCGUCCACGUGUCAAGCCCCGCCCAUAACACAGGACUGCUGUGCUACGAGCAGCCCUGACCCAGACAAAAAGAGGAAAGCGAGGAGCGGGUGACUGAGGCUUAAAAGAAAGAAGAGGCAGAAUGGCAGACACCCAGAAUGGCGCCCACACAGAUGACCAUACUGACGCCGGACCCUAUAUAUCUAGCAAGAAUGUAAACCUAAAAGGUGGUGCAGUAAUAGAGCAAGCAUCAAAAUUUUCUCAUCGAUUCACAUAUAAGAUGGACUAUCCAGAAAUGGGAUUGUGUGUCAUUAUCAACAACAAGAACUUUCAUCCGUCCACAAGAAUGGGAAUGCGGAAUGGGACAGAUUUGGAUGCGAACAGGCUGUAUAACACCUUCAAAUCUUUAGGCUACAAGGUCGAUGUUUAUAAUGAUCAAAAGUGUGCUGAUAUUUAUGGGCGUCUUAAAAAAGUGUCGGAGGAUGACCACAGCAAAAGAAGCUCCUUUGUGUGUGCACUUCUGAGUCACGGAGAAGACGGUAAGCUGUAUGGAGUGGACGACUGUCUGCCUAUUAAGAGCCUGACAAAUCUGUUUCGUGGUGACCGAUGCAAAUCCUUAGUGGGCAAGCCAAAGUUAUUCUUCAUCCAGGCUUGCAGAGGUACUGACCUUGACCCAGGAGUUGAAACGGUUGAAUCUGACAGUGGUAGUGCACCAUCUGAAGAAACAUAUAGGAUCCCAGUUGAAGCUGACUUUCUUUAUGCCUAUUCAACAGUCCCAGGGUAUUAUUCCUGGAGAAAUACAGUGAAUGGCUCCUGGUUCAUUCAGUCACUAUGUGAAAUGCUCAAAUUACAUGGCAAACAACUUGAACUUGUGCAGAUCCUUACAUGUGUUAAUCAUAUGGUGGCGCUGGAAUUUGAGUCCUGCUCAAAUCAAAUAGAUUUUCAUGCAAAGAAACAGAUCCCCUGUGUGGUGUCGAUGCUCACAAAGGCGCUGUACUAUCCAUAAGGCACAAUUGAUGGCAUGCGGUAACCCCAGAAUAUGAUGUCCCUUAAUUGUGUACAGAGAAGCAUGGCCAGGAGCUUUACACAACAUGCUAGCAGGGAUCAUGCCACAGGGUCAGAUGGCACCCACUGGCAGCAUUUAUGUUUAUGUAAAAGGGAAUAGUGAAGAUUUGCAUGAUGCUGUUUGUACACGUGCAUGUGGGGGUUUUGUGUAGUGUUCACGCAACUAAACUAGACCAGUUUUUUUUAUUUUUUAUUCUGAUAUGACACUUUCUUGUGUUUUUGUACAAACAAAAAAAAUCAACUUGUAGUAUCAGGGAGUACACACUAUUUGUAGCACUGUUCAUAUUUGAUCUUUAUUGUCUGACUUGAAUCGCUGAUCCUUUGCUUUGAGCGUUUGGGGGGGGGCAGAUGUAUAAUUUCUGAUUGGAGCCCUAUCUUGGUAAUACCGGGUGGCACAGUGACAUACAUAUUUAACAUGGUGCGUGAAGAAGAAAUGUACCUGAUACAUGAACUAAUGAUUUGUGUCUUAAGGCUGAUUCACAUGGCCAGGCUUGGUCUGGGAGACUCUGUCCGUGUGUCACUUGCAUCUCCUGGACCGACUGCGGCUCCACUAAAGCUAACUGCAUCAUAGUCAGUUCCUGUCUGAUGAGGAUGUGAGCACAGUACAAUAAACCCACAAUCAGAUAGGAACUAACUACAUUAUAAUCACUGUGAUGCAGCCAGCUUGGAUCAGGGAAGCCGCAGUUGGUCCACAUGUGGGUAACACAGGGACCAUCUUUCCUUGACCAAGCGCGGUUGUAUGAAUCAAUCCUUUAAAAUUUCCUUAUUACACUCCAUAAGCGGUCAGCACUCCAAAGCCUGCUCGGGGAGAUUUAGCAAAAU